AUGACCCAAUUAGGCUUCCUGCUGCUCCUGGUUGUGGCCAGCAGCUGGCGCAGUGCAGCUGUGUCCUAUAUAGAUACCAAGAAGUGGACCUGUUUCUAUUCUCCAUCUCUGCCCAGAAGCUGCAAGGAAAUCAAACAGAAGUGUCCUGCAUCACGUGAUGGCUUGUAUUUUCUUCGCACCGGGAAUGGAGUCGCUUACCAGACCUUCUGUGACAUGACCUCUGGGGGUGGUGGCUGGACCCUGGUGGCCAGUGUGCAUGAAAAUUACAUGAGUGGGAAGUGCACGCAGGGUGAUCGCUGGUCUAGUCAGCAGGGCAACAAAGCAAACUACCCAGAGGGGGAUGGCAACUGGGCCAAUUACAACACCUUUGGGUCUGCAGAGGCAGCAACAAGUGAUGACUACAAGAACCCUGGGUACUUCGACAUCCAGGCUCAGGACCUGGAAAUCUGGCACGUGCCCAACAAGACACCCUUGACACAAUGGAGGAACAGCUCUCUGCUGAGGUACCGCACCAACACUGGCUUCCUCCAGCAUCUGGGACACAAUCUGUUUGGCCUUUAUCAGAGAUAUCCAGUGAUAUAUGGAUUAGGGAAGUGUUGGACUGACAACGGCCCAAUAUCACCUGUGGUCUAUGACUUUGGCGAUGCUGAAAAAACUGCCUCUUAUUACUCACCCUAUGGCCGGGCUGAAUUUGUUCCUGGAUUUGUUCAAUUCAGGGUGUUUAACAAUGAGAAAGCAGCGAAUGCAUUAUGUGCUGGGAUUAGAGUUACUGGCUGCAACACUGAGCUUCACUGCAUUGGCGGGGGAGGAUACUUCCCUGAGAGCAGCCCCUUGCAAUGUGGGGAUUUCUCUGCCUUCGACUGGAGUGGAUAUGGAACCCACCAGAGUUACAGCAGCAGCCGGGAGAUCACCGAGGCAGCUGUGCUCCUGUUCUACAGAUGA